AUGGAGCUGGGAACCCCAAGUGUGCUGCCUGGAUAUGCCCAGAGCAAUAGUGCCAACGGGAGUGAAAACGCAAAAACGAUAAUUUCUGACGUAAGUGUAAACCAUAGCACGGAACGGAAAAACCACACAGUUGCACAUAAUGGCCAAAAGGAAGGAGCCACCCAUGAUGGUGGAGGGAACGGGCCGAGCCAAACACACAGCAACACAGAACGGGACAAAGAAGACAAGAUAAAAUUUGAAAAAAAAAAAAAAAGAAGCGAUAAGCUAAAAAAAGAGAGAGAAAAAGAAAUCGUAGUGGCAUACUGGUUAAAAGGAAUUGUGAAAAUUUUAAACGCAGGAUUAAAAAAUGGAGACAUCAAAGGAAGCAAUUUUAUAGGAAAAAAAAUAGCGGAGGUGUUGAAAAAAGUGGUUGAAAUAUCUCACUGGAAUAAUGUAUACGAUUUGAUUGAAAUUAUCAAAUAUUUGGGAAGAGAAAUAAUCAGAAAUAAUAAAAUGUAUUUCAUCAUUCCAAACAUUAUCAGAAGAGUGUUAACAAUUAUUCGUACGGAGCAUUUUAAACAGCUAUACCUGUACAACAACAACUAUGUUGACAAUUUGAACAAAAAUAACAAUUUUCUUGUCGACAAAAAUACAAACAAAUGCAUCAACAGUAAGUACGUUUACGAAAGAGAAAUAAAAAAUUUCGAGCCAUCAUUUUCAUUUUAUUUCGAAAACAAUAGCAAAAAAAAUACUUAUCACAUUCCUGCGACGAACACCUUGAGACAUUCAAUAAUUGAAGGGAUUACUGAACUUAUUGCAGACAUUGAUACGUCUUGGGGGGAGACAGAACAAAGAACUUCGUACGAUUUAUUUAUGGAAAAUGAUGUCAUUUUAACGAUGGGUUACUCAGUUGGGGUUGAAAAGUUUUUAAAAAAUGUAAAUAAAAAAAAAGAUGGAAUUUCAGUUAUUGUUGUGGGGGGAGAUAUUAACCGAAAUGGAUUUCGAAUGGCACAGUUACUAAGUGAAGAUGGAGUGGACACUACGUACAUUUCCGACUCAGCCGUUUUUGCGGUUAUACCAAAAGUGACCAAAGUUGUUCUUGGUUCAGUGGCAGUUUCCUCCUCCGGGGGAGUAAUCACCAAAAUUGGGGGUUAUAAUAUAGCUUGUUCAGCUCAGUUUAAUUCGAAGCCUGUAACUAUCGUGCUUCCUUUAUUUAAAUUAAUUAAUGACCCCUUUUAUGACCCAAUCAGACAAAAUGAACUUCAGCCAGGUCCAUCCAUGAUUUACAACGAAACCGAUAAUUUGUUUGUACGCAUACCCAAGUAUGAUUACAUUCCUGAACAUUUGAUAACUCUGUACAUCACGGAAAUUGGCCCUGUCGACUCCUUCCAGUUGUACAAUAUUACUAAGCGGACGUACCACCCGGAUGAUUUGGACCUCAGUUUCGACUGA